UUCGUCUUUGUUGAAACAGAGAAGAAAAAAAUAAAAAAUAAAAAAUAAAAAAUGAGCGGCAGAGGAAAAGGAGGGAAAGGACUCGGUAAAGGAGGCGCUAAGCGUCACCGUAAAGUCCUCCGUGAUAACAUCCAGGGAAUCACUAAGCCCGCUAUCCGCCGUCUGGCUCGCCGUGGCGGAGUCAAGCGUAUCUCCGGUCUCAUCUACGAGGAGACCCGCGGAGUGCUUAAAGUCUUCCUGGAGAAUGUGAUCCGUGACGCCGUCACCUACACCGAGCACGCUAAGAGGAAGACGGUCACCGCCAUGGACGUGGUCUACGCCCUGAAGAGACAGGGCCGCACUCUGUACGGCUUCGGAGGUUAAACCCGGUCCACAUCCACCGAGACUCAACAUCAACAAAGGCUCUUUUAAGAGCCGCCCA